AUGGCGCAAUUGGUGAAGGCCGAGAAUCGAUCGAAGGAUCAAUUGGUUUGGGUAGUGGAGUUACAAUCAUCAGCUGAGAAGGUAUAUGAUUUCUACAAGAAGAAAUGCUAUGAAUUCCCAAAAAUCAUGCCUCUGGUGCUUCUGAAAGUAGAAUUGGUCAGCGGUGAACGGAACUGUGUGGGCUCGGUAAGGCGGUGGACUUUUGUUGAUGAUAAAUGCGGAAGCUUGAAGGACACUGUGGAAGCCAUUAACGACGAGGAGAAGUCCAUCACAUGGGCUUUGUUGGACGGAGAAGUGCUGAAGAAACUCUACAAGAGCCUGAAGGUGGAGUACCAGUUCACUGCCAAGGACAAAGGCUGCACGGCGACAGUGACUCUGACUUUCGAGAAGAAAGGCGACGGUUUUCCCGAACCCGCUAAAUGUGGGGAAGUCAUCAAGUCGAUGUUACUGGCAGUCGACGCCUACCUUCUCACGCAUUGA